AACGUCGGUCUCAAAGAACAUCACUGAGGUCUUUGAGCGAUCCGUCAGCUCCCCUUGCCGUGGUAGGCUUGUGGAUUGGGUUAGCGAAUAUUGGCGACCGAGUGUGCAAACCGCUAGUCGGCUAGUUGAUGUCAUCGAAUACGAAAUAAAUGAGGAGUUCUCUCCUGAGGAAGGGCCGCACUGGGAGGGUGAUCCGAGGAGCUUCUCAUUCCUACCCUACGAGCACAUCCUCGCCAAUCAUGCUGGGCAGUGGAUUGAAGGAACCCUCAAAGAGCCUAGGCAUGCCGCGCAG